AUGAAAAAUUAAUGCAUUCAAACAGACAUUAGUUGUUUCAGACUUAAAAAUGAUUAUUCAUAAACAAUUGAUCAGGAUUUUUAAUAAGCUUUACAAUUGUAAGGAUGUCGAAGAAUUAUUUCAAUUAAAGAAUAAUUUUUACAAUUGUAAGACAUUUAUCCUAAUGAUAUUCAUCUGCUUUUUGAGAAAGAGGAUUAAAUUCAUUUUUAAUUAUAACUUAAGUCCUUUUUAGAUGAAUAAUCUACAUCAUAAAUUGUAAUUAUUGUUAAAGGACCUUAAUUUUAAAUUGAUGUAAUAUUUCACUCCACAUUUUUGUAAGUGGAGAAACAAGAAAUUCUAAACAUAGUUUCUGAUUGUUCAAAUUCUAAUCUAUUAGAAACCAUAAUCUUAUUAGAAGCAAAAUUAACAGAAAUUGAUAAAGAAUUUACAAAAAGAAGAGCAUAAAAUCAAUAUAAUUAUAAUAACUCUAAUCCACAUUUAGAUUAAUUUUCUGACCUUCUAAUUACUAGAGGUAUUUCUAAGACUUAUGGAGAAUCAAAUGAAGAUAUUGACAUGAGAUAAUCUGUGCUUGGUUUUGAUAUGCUUAAAGAUCAUCUUGUAGAAAAGUAUGAUAAAUCAGAACCUUAAUUGAAACCUGCAGCUUAAGCACUUCCAAUUGAAUAACUCUAUCAAUUAUAAGCUUGUAGUUUCUCUAGAUUUCAACAAGAUUUUGAUGAAAUUCAACUUAUUGGAAGUGGAGGUUUUGGAAAAGUAUUUAAAUCUAGAAAUAAAUUCGAUGGAAACUAUUAUGCUCUAAAAAGAAUUGUUUUAGAUUACUCUAAUAAAAAAUUAACUGAAAAAACUAAAAAUGAAGCUGUCUUAUUAUCAAGAAUCUAACACCCUAAUAUUGUGAGAUAUUAUUAAGCUUGGACUGAAGAAUAUGUUAAAGAUGAAUAUGAAAAUAUUGAUGAUGAAGAAGAAUUAGAUGAAGAAAGUGAAGAAGAAUCAGAGUAUGAUGAUCCACCAUAAAUAAGAAAGGGAAGUAGUAAUAGUUAAGAAGAAUAUUCUGAUGAUCAAUAUGAUUAUGAAGAAAAUAUGGAAUCUGAUUUUCACAUUGAAUUUCUUGAACGUGAUCCACCAAAUUAAGAGGAAUUUAUACAAACUCCAGAAAUCAAACCUCAUGAACCUAAAUAAAAUAGUAAUAAAUAAUUAUUGUACAUAUAAAUGGAGUACUGCACAGGUGAUACUUUAAAAAAAAAAAUUGAUGAUCGUAAACUGACAUCAGAUCAAAAAAAAAAGAUUAUUCGGUAAAUUUUGGAUGCAUUAUAUUAUCUUCAUAAAAAUAAUAUCAUUCAUCGUGAUUUAAAACCUUAAAACAUUUUUCUUGAUGGUGAUUUAAAUGUUAAAUUGGGGGAUUUUGGUCUAGCAACAGAAAUGAAAUAAGAAAUCAAAUUUUUUGAUUAAAAACUUAUGAGAGUUUCUUCUACUGUAUAAAAUAAUUAAAUUGAAAGACUUUCUUUGACUUAAGGAGUUGGCACUUUUCUCUAUUUAGCACCAGAAUAAGAAUAAAGUCAAUAUGAUUCCAAAGUUGAUGUCUACUCAUUAGGUAUAAUCCUAUUUGAGAUGUAUUACCCCUUUAAAACAGACAUGGAAAGAAUCAAUUACAUUACUCAAUUAAGAGAAUAAGGUAAAUUUCCAUAAGAUUUCGAUAUAAAGGUUGGAAUGGUGGAUAUUGAAAUAAGAGAUAAGAUAGCAAGUUUAGUAAACAGAGAUCCUCAAAAAAGACCUGCUACUUAAAGUUUACUUAAUGAAUAUAAAGAUAAAAGAGUUUAAUAAGUAAUUAGAUCUAUUGCUAAUCCAAAUUGUCCUGAUUUUUCUGAGUUAGUUUAAACUCUUUUUGAAUGUAAACAAUUAAAAUAAUAAAAUAAUUUCUUUACUUCUUGUUUAGAAGAAGCAAUAAGUAAAAGUCCUAGCUCAUUUUUUAAAACUUUUUAAUCUGGAAUAAUAGAACUUUACACAAGAGUUGAAAAGAUAUUUAAACUUAGAGGAGCAAUUUUACUGAAUUUAAAUCUUUUGAUUCCAACAUAAAAUACGCUGAAGUUUUAAUCAAUUCUUGGUCAAACAGAGGAUUAUGAAAAAAGUGUUCAUUAACAAUAAAGUUUUAGAUUCUUAACUUAAGAGGGAGAAUUGGUGUAAUAAUGUUAGAAUUUGCUUUAGCCUGUGAUUUAUUGGUUAAAGUUUCUUCCAUUAAAUAAUUUUAGAAGAUACACUUUAGCUGAAGUUUAGCAUUCUGAUCGACCUCAACUAUCAAAACAUAAUUGUGCAUCAUAUGAAAUAAUUUCAGAAGAAUAUCCUGAUUCAACAAAAUUUAUAGAAUUGUUAAGUAUUUCAAGAGAUGUGAUAGAUUAAUUUCAUGAUAUAAAUAGUUUUGAAUUGAAAAUCAGUCAUACAUAAUUUUUAGAAUUAAUUCUAUUAGAAUUAGAGUUCAAUUCUUAAAUGGCGAUAAGAAUGUUAAGACAUCAAACAAUAUUAUAAAAGAUUACAAAGUUAAGUUCAAUUACAAAUAAAAGUUAAUAAUUUAGAGAUUUAUAGAAAGAGAUUUUGACAAUUUUAAAUGAGGAAUUUAAUUUUGCUGAUGAUAAAGCUAAAAAGUUUUUGGCUCUAAUGACAUUUAAAUUGCCUCAGAUAUAUACCAAUGAGUCUAAUCAAACUUCAUAUAUAGGUGAGAGUGGAAGGAAGACUUUGGAGCCCAAAUAAAAAAGAACUUUAAGAGAAUAAUUGAAGGGUCAUUUUACUAAGUAUGAAACAAAAUUCAAAGAAUUAGUAAAUGAAAUCGAAAAUUUUGAAGAACUUGCUAGGGAAACAAGAGUACUAUGUGAUCUUAAAGUAGUUUAUGAAGUAUUCCAAUAGAAUGAGUUAUCUUGUUAUUAUUCUGGAUUGUGCUUUGAGGUUUUAAUAUUUGAAUUUAUAUUUUAGUUUGUUGAAAUUACAAAGCAAUAAUCUAAUUUAAGUAAGAAUAUGAUAUAUGAAAUUAUACAAUCAAACUCUGAACCAGUUCUAAAAAAUAGGUAUAUUAUAAUAUUUUUUAUUAUAUUAGUAUUCAAAAGAGACAUUAAAAGAGUAAUAUAGAUAGUUUUAUAAUUGGUGGCAAUUAUAGUCAUUAUCUAAAUAAUAAGGAUACAGGGAAACAUGUAUGUGGGAUAUAAAUUUAUUUGGAUUAAUUUUAUUAUAGAAAGUUUCUUGGUUAUUUGGAUAACAAUUUUGGUGGUAAACUAAAUUUAAAAUUUGAUUUAUUCAAGUGGCCUGAUUGUUUAACAAAUAUAAAGAGUCUGAGAUUGAAUGUAUUAAUAGUAGUGGAAGAAAAGUUAAUGAAAUAAGCUUUAGAUUUGGCAGUUCGUUUUUGGAAUUCUAAGACAGCUGUAUAUAAAUAGUAAAAUAUAUUAGGCCAUGGUUGUAGGGAGUAAGAGUUAUAAGAAUUCAGCUUGGGCUUAUUAUAAAGAUGUUGAAAUAAAGUUGAGUUUAUCAAAGAAGACAGGCGAAGCGAAAUGCUUGAUGAAGAAGUAUUAAGAGAAGAAAGAGGAAGAGGCUUCAUUUUAAGAAGUUUAUUAGAAGACCAUAAGUUAUUUAAAGGAAUAUUAGAUGAAUGAAUAUGGUGAAAUUAAAUUUUUUAAAAGAGCAUAAUCAAAAUAAAAAUAAUGAUUAUUAUUAACGAC